AUGGAGAGAACUCUCACAUACGGAAACAUCUCCACCAUUGACUUUGGAAACUCUGCAUCGAUUACCACUCAAACUUCAAUGAUGGUUAAGAAGCCAAAUGAAGCUGAGGAUACCCCUUCAACUCUUAAAUGGUCAUGGAGACCAGAGAACAUGGACAACUUCCUUUUGAAAGGAAAAGGAGAAUCUACACAGACACAACUAUUUGAUCAGAAAGUAGUAACCAAUGACCAAAGUGAUUAUCUAUGGUACAUGACUACCGUUAAGUUUAAAAAACGAGAUCUAUUUUUGGGUAAAAACAUGUCUCUUCGCGUCAACAGUACUGCUCAUGUCCUUCACGCUUUUGUCAAUGGAAAACAUAUUGGUAGUCAACACGCUGAGAAUGAUAAAUUUAACUAUGUAUUUGAGAAAGAUGUGAAGUUUAAGUCUGGCCGUAAUGUCAUUGCUCUUCUUAGCAUAACUGUGGGACUUGCGAACUAUGGUGCUUUCUUUGAAAGUAAGCCGGCUGGAAUCACUGGACCCAUUUUUAUUACUGGAAGAAAUGGUGAUGAAACUAUAGUUAAAGACUUGUCUGCUCAUAAAUGGAGCUAUAAAACCGGUUUAAUUGGGUUUGAGAGCCAACUCUUUAGAACAGAAUCAAUGUCUAAAUGGUCAGUUGAAAGUGUACCGUUUAACCGAACCAUGACAUGGUAUAAGACUACAUUCAAGUCUCCCUUGGGAAAUGAUCCGGUUGUUGUCGAUCUUAUGGGACUUGGAAAAGGUACAGCUUGGGUCAAUGGAAACAACAUUGGACGUUAUUGGCCGGCAUUCAUUUCAAGCAAAAAUGGUUGUGAUGCAAAUUGUAAUUAUAGAGGUGCUUAUCAUGCUGAAAAAUGUCUGACCAAUUGUGGUGAACCCACACAAAGAUGGUACAUUUUCCACAUCUUAUUAGGUUCUAGAAUCAAAUAUGUUAAUGUUGAACCUGAGAAUCUUUACUGGGAUUUUUUUUUCUUUGUUCUUUUCUUGAACAGGUACCAUGUUCCUCGUUUUUUCUUGAAUGCAGAAGGAGAUAACACACUAGUUUUGUUUGAGGAGAUUGGAGGAAACCCAUCGCUUGUCAGUUUUCAAACUACUAGAGUGGGAAGUUUAUGUGCUAACGUCUACGAGAAAAGUAUUAUUGAGCUUUCAUGCGAUAGAAAACCCAUUUCUGCCAUCAAAUUUGCAUCCUUUGGUAACCCAGAUGGCAAUUGUGGAUCUUUUGUAAAAGGAACUUGUGAAUCAAGUAAUAACACGGUUGAUAUUCUCACACAAGAAUGUGUUGGAAAAGAGAAGUGUUCCAUUGAUGUCUCAACGAAAAGGUUUGGAACACCAGAUUGCAGUGGUGCUGUUAGAAGCCUCGCCGUCGAAGCUAUCUGCUAAAUGUUUUUUUAGAUUUAUGGUGUUUUCUUUAUCAUAUUUCCAAAUUAUGCUAUAUUUUUUUCAAAGAUUUAGUUUCUAUUUAAUAUUUAUUGGUGGUUGUUUUAUUCAAUAAAAGUACACAUUCUUAUAUACAUUUUACAUUGUCAUUUUUUUUUUCCUAAACAAUCACGGUCAUGUCUUCUCCACCAUCCUCGCUCUCCCUGAAAAAUUAAAUAAUUUUUCCCUUCAAUAUUUAUUGUUUUCUAUUUAAUUUAUAACAUUGGCUAAACUGCGCUAGCUUAGUUGGUAAAUAACUAAUUUUAGUGUAUUAAGAUACACAACUUCAAGUCCUAUUGUGACAUUUUUUUUUAAUUAAAUAAAAUUUUGUGUUUACAACCAAUCACACAAAAUGAUAGAGAAACGAAAUAUCAAGUAUGAAAGCAUAACAGUGUUUAAUUUAUUUUAAGGAAAUAAUAUAUAAAUACGUGAAGAAUAGAAGAGUAUAUCUUAAGUAGUAUAUUACACUCUCUAUAAAUAGUAUAGUUUUCACUUGACCAAUGUAUAGUUUUUAGUUUUUACUGGUUCACGGUAUUUUAAUACUUUGUGGUCAUCUUUGAUUUUCAAUAAUGUAACCAUAGUAUAUUAUCAUUUGUAAAUGCUUAGGUUUGAUAAUAAGCACAAACCAAUUAGUUCAUAACAAUGAUACAACAAUAAAACAUACAAAAUCUUUAUUUUCUGUGCAGCCGCAUUUCUGUUCUACUUCGUCAAAUAUAAUAUAACAAUACCAAUAACACACUGCAACUGAGUGACAUGAUGUAAAGCUGAUGGAAUAAUGAAGGAGAAGAAUGAGGAGACGGAUGAGAAUAUAUGAUUUGCAAAAGAGCUGGUUCCGGAGUUGAUGGAGGUGGAAAAGAAACCACCACACAAGGUGGAGAAGAAGAAGUGACGAUGGGAUGAAGAGAAAUGGGUGGAGACGUCAGUGGAGAGAAGGUUGUGGUAAUGAUGAAACAACUAGUGACAAUGGUAGUCGCAGUGCUGAUUUUACACAUGGAAUAAUAGUAAACACAAUAUAUAUUGCAUUUCAUUUCUAUUCUAUAUGUAUACAAUUGUAAAGAACAUAAAAAUGUUCAUUUUCUCUGAUCGUUUUUACUAACUGACAGUGGCGUGUACGUGACAGAAGCAAAGAAGAAGGUGCAUCUCUCCAUGUCAAAUACAGAGGAUGUGGGAGGUGUGAGUCCUGGAAUGUGAACAAGAAAAGAGGAAUAAAGUUAGGGGUUUGUGCUUUCACGGUGGUGUAUAUGACUCUGUGAGUUUCUGAGACCAAGGGAAAACUCAUGAAGAACUUCCAGCCUCGUUCAGAUGAGAAAAGUUCAAAACAAUUUCAUUGUUUGUCUUCCCUCUGUUUUGGCUACAAACAAGAAGAAAUUGAGAAAUCUCAGAUAUUUUACAUAAACUUACGUUGUGAGAGUUGUGUGAAUAACUAAGGACCACAUUUUACUUUUUACGGAUACUGAAUAUUAAUUUUAAAACUGUUUUUUCUUUGCAGGUUGCACAAGUUUAAUACAAUGAUAUCAUUGUAUUAUUAAAUAAAAUACAUGGUAUAUGCUAUCAAUUUAUAUUAUUUAGAUAGAAAAAUGAAUUAUAAUUUUUUUUUGAGAUAUACAAUGUAAUUGCCCUAAAAUCUUCAACCCUUCUUCUUCCCCAUUCUCUUUGACAAACAUGAACUGGAGCUUGUCGCCACCCUCAGCUAGUUUUUUUCCAACAAAGGUGAUUCCGGCGAGACAGGGAGCUUUGGUAGAGAUUGAAGCACUUUCUUCUUCAGUCCUUUGUUUGCCGCUUCUACCUAUGGUGGAGGAGAUUGACUUGACCCGCCUUGUGAUCCAGAUGAUUAAUUGUUACCAAUGGUGAGAUGCUAGAGACAAACACAUCGAGGAUGAAGAUAAGUUUGGUUUAUUUUAGAUUUGUAAAGGGGUUUCAAGGACUUCGAUCGAGGUGGGCAAAAAAAGUUGAACCAGAUUGGUUCAUGUUAGUUUACUUCGAAUACCAUUUCCAUCAUGUUGUUUCUCUUUAUAAAAAAGCGAUUAAACGCUAUGAAUUCCAUCUCCAAUGGUUUUUCUUAAUAAGAUGAUCAUUACUCAUGUAGAUUUCAAUAGAAUUUUUUUUCACUUUUGGUAGGAAAUGCUGAUUAUAACAUUACAGAUUCUAGGUAUGGAAAAUGGUACACUGAUAUUUUCUUAUUGGCAAGUUUUUCCAACGACGGUGAUUUCGGUGAGAAUGCAUACAUAACAAGGUGCAGAGAAGAGAAAAUUCUCGACGAAGACGAUGAAACCAAAUCAAACGUGUGGUUAUGUUUUGAUUAGAGAAACCAGUUAAGAAACUCGGGAUGAUGAAAUUAGCCUUCGUUGUUUGAGAGUUUUGAAAAAUAAGGAUUUGAUGGAUAGUGGUUCUUGUUUGUAUAAGAAAAUUUAAAAGUUUUAUUUAAUGCAAAUAAAAAAUGUCACACUAAGUAUUCAAACUCUUGUAAGGUAUCACAACAAAAUUAGAUACUUACCAACUGAGUUCGUGCGACUAACUGAAUAUUAAGGAAAAGCGAAUAUUUAUAUAUGUAAAAUAUAUACUACUAUUAUUAUUAAAAGAUUUUAUGGGCUCAAUAAUUUAUUUACCUUUUAUUAUAUUAAAAUUUAAUUUUCCUUUUAUUUAUUUUUUCUUGAUCAAAGAGGAUAAGAACAUCUUUAUCAAAUAAUUCACAAGUUCUUCAACAAGUAACUCAAAAAAUUAUUCAACUAAUAUUUAUAUUUUAUUAAAUGUUGAUAAGGAUGCUCUGAGGCUAAGCCACUAUAUAAGAAGACUACCCCUCGUUGUAAAUCAUCUUUUUUUUUUUAAUCUUACAGACGUAAACCCAAACAGUUGUGCAAAACUUUUCUGAACUCUUCUCUAAAGGUAUAUUGUUUCUUCAAUCUUCAGAACCAUCUAUUGCUUGUUUUCUGCCUUUAAAUUAGAGAUUUUCUUGUUGGAUAAGAUUCAUUAGGAUCUGUGGGAACUUCUGUAUGAUUUAUGUGUGCUAAAGAGAGUUGCAUGUACUUUUUAGAUGGUGAUGCAAAUAUUUGUUAAGUACCUUACAGGUAAGAGCAUAACCCUUGUGGUCCAAAGCUCAGACACUUUUGACAACCAUGUUUUGAGAUCUACCAUAUAUACAUUUAACUGAUAAUUCAUAUUUGACAUGAUCCUAAAAAGCUUUUUUUUAAUGAAUUUUCAAAUUUAUUGAUCAAAGAGUUCAAGAGAAACAUUUACAAUGCUAAGUUCCUAUAAUGAAUGAAAACUACUUAUACUAACGAGAAGAUGUCAUAAUCGACCCCCUUAUCGUAAUUCUAAAAAGAGUUAUAUUUAUCCAAGAAAAACAUAAGAAUCAAAUAAACAAGUUAAUCUUGGGAAAUCAGUAAAAGCCUACUCGUGCCUACGAAAAGUCCACGGUCUAAACUAGUCUUGCAUCAUUUAUGAACGAAAAACACUAAACGUAAAAAAAAACAACUUUUUCAAAAAAAAA